GCAAAAAGUUGGUGCAGCAAGGUGGAUCACCAAGAUAGGUGGAAGUGAACCGCUCAAUUAUACGGAUUUUCCGUCAACGAUUUUUCGCUCAAACCUGAAAAAAAGGUCGAUGUUCUCUGGAGGAUUUUUGAGGAAAGACGAGUAAUCAGAGAAAGGAUUGUUACGAAAGAACUCGAAGAAACGGAAUAAAAUCAAAGCUAAAAUGGCUGGUUGCAUUAGCUUCGUUCUGAUUAUGAUCGCGUCGACGAUUGCGAUGGCGGAAUCGAGGGUGAUACCGGCUGAGCCUAUUUCCAUCACGUUGGAUUCUUACGGCAACCCUGUAAUGUUCUUGAGGGAAAAGAGGACGGUCGUGCGCCCUUAUCCGCACAAGACGAUGAUGUUAACCGGUUACUACAGGCCGAUACGUCGCACGGGUAACGGCGGCCAGGCAUCGGGCGUCUUCGCGCAAGGAAACGCCGUAAGUGGCGAAGCUUUCUUCGGCGGUGUGCACUCGCCGCAUCUCAAGGGUGGACCGGAACCAAUCGGGGAAGUGUCCAGCGCUGAAGCACAGGCAGCGCCGGCACACGAAGAAGAGCAGGAGCACGAAUAUUAUCAUCAUCAAAACGAUGUUCAUCGACACGAGGAGGAACAGCAUCAUCACGAUGAGCCGCACUAUCAUCACCAUCAUAAUCAAGAUUCUUUCAUCCCUCAGGAACAUCACGAGUUGGAGAAGAUUCCGCUAACCACCGAGAUUGCGCAAACAACGGAUAAACCGAUCAUUUCCACGGAGGUGUCCAUAACCCGACCGAAAGAGCAUCAUAAGAAAACGCAUAAGACGCCCGUGACUAACGAUGCUGAUGAUGACGACGUCAACGAUGACGGCGAUGACUAUGACGACGACGAGGACAAGGUUGAUGAGGAAAAUGAUGAACCGGCUGUGCCGUUCGUGCCUUUUAAGAAAAGACGCCGUCAGGGAUAUCCUCAUUUGAACAACUUCUUCCCUAUGGUCUUCAGCUUUCCGAGACUGGCCACUCGCGCUGGGUCCUCCGGGUCACUUCCUGGUGCCAUCACCGCUAUCGCGAAUAGUUACUCCACAGGAAAAGGCGGAGUCGCCAGCUCGGUAGCCACUGCCUACGGUGGAUCUCCAAUCGGGAAAAAACGACGCACGCAGCCAUAUAAAGAAUAAUAGCGAUCAACAUUAUUGGCGAGUUGAAAAACUAAGUCCUCCUGGAAGCUUUUAGGAUGAAGCUACAAUCUCCUUUGGACAUCUCGCACGAUAUUCACGUAGUUGCCAAGUUUUUCUACAUAUUUUCUCAAAUAUUUAUCAAAUAUACUUUCAGACAUUUAAAGGAAAACAAUAGCUAGUUAUUCACAGAAAUAUUUUUGACGCGGAAAAGCAGAAAUAGUUUAAGAACAACAUUAAAUUUGUUUAAGAUUGCGCACAAUUUAUUACGUUAGAUAUUUUGUUAAUGGUAAAUAGGGAUUAACACAAAUCUGCAAUCUCUUAAUUUUUAAACUAUAUCGAUAAAUUAUAGUUACACUAGUUUACCAUAAACUUCGGAUCAGAUAUUGUAAUUAUUUGACUUAGCGAAACAUAGAUGUUCUAUUAUUUAUCUAAUUUGAAUUGUUCUUAAAUCAAUACAACGUUGUAAUAUAAAAUUAAUUUUAUAUUCAAGAUUUCAUGCAUUAUAUUAUGCGCCAUCAAAAUUGCGAGAAGUAUACUAUAAUAUAAGUAUCUUUAGAAAAGUACAGACGAUAUAUGCACAGUGUAAAUUAACAAAUAAAAUAUUGCUAAGCUUACGAAAACACUAAAGCGAUAUUUACAAGUAAAUUAAGCCAAAGGUAAACGAAGAAAAAUACAAUAGAAAAAAUUAUUGUAUAUAAAUAUUAUAUAAAUAAA